AUGGCUUUGAGCCUGGGUGGGAGAACAUUUGCACCAUUUCCUGUGAACCACUCUGGUGUCUUUCUGAAAGCUGUGAGAAGCAAUGGUCUUCCCUUGUUUCCCUGGAGCCACAGCCCCUGGAGAAGAACUGGAAACGUUUUGGAUCCUGAGAUGAAAGCUUUCCUGGAAGAGAACACUGAAGUCACCAACAGAGGCAGCCUCACUCCUGAGAUCCGGUUGCGGCUUUUGACGCCAAGCUGCAAGUUCUGGUGGCAAAGAGCUGACCUGUGGCCCUACAGCGAUCCUUACUGGGCAAUCUACUGGCCAGGAGGCCAAGCCCUGUCUAGAUAUCCCAAGGCGAUACCACUUGGGAGCCUGGGAGCACUCACUGUUAAUUUCUGGGCUGCGAAUUUCCUGAAAUAUGUAGGUUGUGUGUAUUUGACCCCAAACCGAAGUGAGGAGAGGCCUUGGGUUCUUAAGGGAGAUUUUAGUCCAUUAAAACCCAAGUUGAGACAGGGAAUCAAAACUGCCCAGCAUAUACCAAUGCAUUUUGUUCUUUUUAAAGUUGCAGGAAUGGCUAUCACACUGAAUUGUGAAUUGAACCAACUGAAUCCUUUUCCAAUUUUAACCAAAAACAUUUUGGAUUUGGAACAAGAUAAGUGGGACCUUGUUGUGCUUGGAGACAUGUUUUAUGAUGAAGACCUUGCAGACAGUCUUCAUCAAUGGCUGAAGAAUUGCUUUUGGACUCACAGAACUCGAGUACUGAUUGGUGACCCUGGGCGACCCCAGUUCAGUGGACAUAGCGUUCAACAUCAGCUGCACAAAGUGGUAGAAUAUUCACUUCCAGAGCCUACUAGGAAGGAAAACAAUGGAUUGACAACAAGCACAGUAUGGGAUUUUCGGCCUUGA